AAACUUCGGGACGAUUAUCACGUGAAAUUGAUUCAAACAUGCCUUCCAACAAGAAGAGGACGUCAAGUAUGGACCUGAAACCGCUGGUCUUGGAAAAAUUAGCCACCAACACAUCUAGAAGGUCAAGCAGAUCGAGCAUUUCUCCGGUGUCGGCAAAGAACUCGGCGACUUCGGCGUUCCCGCUAUUCAAGUCAGUGAACGAGAGUGAUGAUUCGUUGACAAAGCAGCAUCAUCAUCAACUCGGGACCAUGCAAGCCAUAAUGAAUGUUAAAAUACCGUUCCCGGUUAUGAUACUAAUGAUGACAACGUUUAUCUGGGUGUACAACCAUUUAACGGUGUUGUACGCUUCUUCAUAA